AGAAAUAACACCAUUGGAUAGCAGCUGGUACAUCAUGAUGCAAAAGAGGGAUUCUCCCAGGAUCUGAAGGAAUUGUUUAAGGCUUUGCCCCGCGUCGCCAAGGAAAAUAUUUCGGUCCGAUAUUUUUUUUUCUUUUCACUUUCAUUUUCACAGUUUAUUUUGUAUUUGUUCUCGGUUGUUUAGACAAAAAUAAAUUGGUUUAUUAUCAAAAUCCGCAUGCAACUAAGGAAAUCUAAGCCCGCUGGAUAUUUUCAUUGUAGCAGAACGAAUCGCUUGGAUGAGCGCCUGACACUGAGACAUAGACAUUCAUCACACGGACACAACUGAAGCGAGCAGCAGCACAGAGCGAAAACACCACAGCAGCCCGCGGCACUCAGGAACACAGAAUGGGAUAUGCACACAGGAGCAUAAGAGGAUGCACUUUUCUGCUCUGGGUCGCCACACUCCUUCUGUUAGCGGAGAGCAGAAGAGCCAAGCAGCCCAGAUGCCCCUCUGGAUGCACGUGCACCAAAGAUAACGCCUUGUGUGAAAACGUGAGAUCUGUGCCACACAGCUUCCCUCCCGAUGUCGUCUCACUAUCAUUUGUGAAGUCUGGGUUCACUGAGAUUGCAGGGGGAAGCUUUCUCCACACGCCAUCCCUUCAGCUUCUAUUGUUUACAGCCAAUUCUUUCGACUCCAUUGACGAAGAUGCUUUUCAAGGCCUGCCACAUCUGGAAUAUCUAUUUAUUGAAAACAACAAAAUCGAGUCGAUUUCGCCCCAUGCCUUCAGAGGUUUGAAAUCUCUCAUUCACCUGAGUCUUGCCUACAAUAAUCUUGAGACACUGCCCAAAGAUAUUUUCAAAGGAAUGGAUGCCUUAACAAAAGUGGACCUCAGAGGAAACAUGUUCAGUUGUGACUGUAAGUUGAAGUGGCUGGUGGAAUGGAUGUACAGCACAAAUGCAACGGUGGAUCAGUUAUACUGCAGUGGGCCUCCACCCUAUCAAGGGAGGAAGAUGAAUGACCUAGUGCCUCAGUCCUUUGACUGCAUUACAGCAGAGUUUGCUUUAAAGAAAACCCUUGCAUUUGAGUCCAUAUCUGUGGAGGCCUUUACGUUUGGGAAUGAUCAGUAUGUCGUAUACGCCCAGCCUUUCUCUGGAAAAUGCAGCUUUAUGGAAUGGGACCACGUCAACAUGGAGUUCAGGGCUUAUGACACCAUUGAGAGCACUUCCACGGUAGUGUGCAAGCCAAUGAUCAUCGAUAACCACCUCUUCAUCGUAGUCGCCCAACUUUUCGGUGGCUCUCACAUCUACAAAAUGGACAGCUCUGCCAACAAAUUCAUCAAAAUCCAAGACAUCGACAUCCUGAAAAUCAGAAAACCCAACGACAUCGAGACGUUCCGCGUGGACGGCGAGUUCUUCUUCGUGAUAGCGGACAGCUCGAAGGCUGGCUCCACCACGGUGUACAAGUGGAACGGCAACGGCUUCUACUCUCACCAGUCUCUCCAUCCCUGGUACCGUGACACGGAUGUCGAGUAUCUGGAUAUCGCAGGCAAACCCCACCUUAUUUUGUCUAGCAGCUCGCAGCGGCCCGUUAUCUACCAGUGGAGCAGAAGCCAGAAGCAGUUCGACAGACGGAGAGACAUUCCAGAGAUGGAUGACGUCUACGCCGUCAAGCACUUCAAGGUGAAGGGGGAGCUGUUUGUCUGUCUGACGCGCUUCAUCGGCGACUCCAAGGUGAUGAAGUGGGACGGCUCCAUGUUCACAGAGAUACAGACAAUGCCCUCGCGGGGAUCCAUGGUCUUCCAGCCCGUCUCCAUCGGCAACUGGCAGUACGCCAUCCUAGGCAGCGACUACUCGCUAACGCAGGUCUAUCAGUGGGACACCAAGAAGGGCCAGUUCGUGCACUUCCAGGAGCUCAACGUCCAGGCGCCCAGAGCAUUCUCGCUGGUGUCCAUUGACAACCGAGAGUUCCUGCUGGCGUCCAGCUUUAAAGGGAAGACGCAGAUCUACGAGCACUUGAUGAUCGACCUAAGCAGUUAGGGUGCAGAGAACCAGACCCUGACACAGACGAGCCUACAUGCAUGAUCUAGCCUAGCUUUAAUAAUAAUAAUAAUAAUAAUAACUCCAGAUGAAUGCCUCUCUAGAAACGCCCUUUGUGUCUUUUUCUCUGUUGUCACCAUCUGUUCUGCACUUUUCAUUUUCCCGUUUUUUUUGUGUCUCUUUCAACAAACGCUGUUGUUAACACAUUCUCAUGCUUGCCAUGUAGUCACUAAAGAGGUAGCCUAUAAUAAGAAAACAACAAAGGUCAAAAUCAGUUAACUGUUGACGUACAGUAGUAACAAUCUGCCAAAUGAACUGUUUACAUUUUUACAGCGAUGUAAAAAGACAUUUUUAACUUUUUUAAACAAAAUCAACCAGUUUAACCACAUUGGGUGUGAUAGAUUUAAAGCUUGUUUUGAAUAAUCAGAUUGGAAUAAACUUAGACUUAGAUUUCAGUUACUGAGGUGAAGUAAAUGUGGGAAGGAAGGUUAGUUUACUGGUACUUGUUUUUGUUAGGACUAAUAAAACCUUAAAAAAAAAAUACGAGCCUGCUUUGUCGUGAUGCAUGGAUUUUACGUGAAAGUGUGAAUCUAAUGGUUGAAACCUGUCAUAAAAAAACCUUCCUCUUAUCAGAAGUCAGAAAGAGCUUUAUUACCAAGUUUGUUUACACACACAACGGACAGGAGCUUCCAGUGCAGAAGAGGGUACGGAUAUAAUUUUGGUUUUAUUUUAAAAUCAAAAUAAACCAAAAAAUAUUAUUUGGUGAAACAUGACCUAAACUCCAAGACUCAAGAGUAUAUCUCAUGACAUUGACAUACAAGUACACGUGUGUGAUCUUUAUUCUCUGGAUUCAAACGCUGGGAAACGUCAUUGUCGUCCAACCGUUCUUCAAACGCAUUUUGUCUUCCUCUAGCGGCAGAGGAACGCAACCACCUCUUCCUUAGGACAAGGUUAAUGAUUUAACUUGUUGCUCGGCACCAUUUCUACCCGAAGGCAACCGUGUGUCAAGACGCGUGGUCAAGCGGACGACAUCGGGGUGCUUUGUCAUAAAGUUGACGAUGGGGACGUUGGGGAGGAAAUUGAGUUGCGAAGUCGAUCAGAAGUGCCAGUGGACGCGGAUGCUGACGCAGAAGACCGGGUUUGUGUGCCGGUUUGCUGUAAGAGAAACGACCCUGACCGCGAUGAGGAUGAGGAUGAUGAGGAGGAGGACACGGGGGCAAACACGGUUCAAAAAG